AUGAAGCUCUUCACUGACGUUGUCUCUAACGACGAGAUGUGCUCGGACGGCUACGAGAUGAAGCUGGUCGACGACAUUGUCUGGGAGGUGGACGCUGCCAACAUUGUCGUUUCGGACGGUGAUGUCGACAUUGGAGGCAACCCUUCGGCCGAAGAGCAGGCCGAGGCGCUCGAGAACGGUGCUCAGCAGGUGAUCAACAUUGUGCACUCGUUCCGUCUCCAGUCGACCUCGUUCGACAAGAAGUCGUACCUCGGCUACCUCAAGGGUUACAUGAAGACGGUCAAGGCCAAGCUGCAGGAGUCGAACCCGGACCGCGUGCCCGCUUUCGAGAAGGGCGCCGCCGCCUUUGCCAAGAAGGUCGUCGGCUCCUUCGGCGACUGGGAGUUCUACACCGGCGAAUCGAUGGACCCCGAGGGAAUGGUCGCCCUGUUGAACUACCGCGAGGACGGUACCACUCCUUACCUCGUCUUCUGGAAGGACGGCCUGCGCGAGACCAAGAUCUAA